AUUGUCGAGGCAGAUUCUUAAGUUAUUAUUAUGACGCCAUCACUAGAAGAUGUCGUGCCUUCUUCUAUUCUGGUUGCCAGGGAAACGAGAACAGAUUUCCUAGCAGACAAGAAUGUCAGCAAAUCUGCGGCAGUGGGGGAAUCGUGGGUGAUGUCUGUACACUUCCGCCUGUCCAGGGGCCAUGUCGAGCGAGCAUGCGCCGCUUCUUCUUUAAUCCUGCUCUCGGGCAAUGUGAGCCUUUCCAGUAUGGCGGUUGCCGAGGCAACAGAAACAACUUCCAAACCAUCCAGGCCUGUCAGCAGAGAUGUGGGGGUGGUGGCGGGGGCGGAGGGGGAGGGGACGGGGGCGUGUUUCCACCAGGUAAUAUAA